AUGUCUGCACAGCCACCUAAUGAACAGGAAGACGAAGAUCAUCAAACUAAAAAGGUAAUGCCCAAAGAAUUUCAAGGGGAUUCAAUUCGUGGAAUCUGGUCACGUUUAUGUAAUAUAGCCGUUCAAGUACAGGAUCUAAAUAUUUGUGCUGAUGACUUUGUUGCUGAACUGUCCAAAGAGUUUGAUAGUACCUCUUCGACACUGAGGGAUUUAUGUAAAUCAUUAGCCCAGUUGAUGGGUGUUACCUACAAAGAACCACAUUUACAAGCUACAGAGUUAAAGGAUGCUUCAGAAUCUACUCUUCCUAUGGAGCAGGCAUACACCUCCCAGGCAGUACCUGUUAAAAUGUACAAAUUACGUGAUGCUUGUCGGACGAAUUUACCUCUCACUUUACCUACUUAUUAUUCCCAAGAUGAUACAGGUUUAAAGAAAUGUUCUGAUAAUUCAUAUAGCUUUGGAAUUUGUAAAGCGGGUGUUAUAACUGAGAGUAAAGAAAAAAAGCAGGAAAAACUGAAGGAGCAGAAGUGCCUGUAUCAUCCCAAUGAACCAGCAAGGGUGCCUCUGUGUCAGUCAGUGCAAAAUGAUGCUUCAGUGAACUACAGACAAGCUGAUUGCGGAGACAUCUCUUAUUCACUUGUGAAUCAACCAGUGGAGUGUUUCUCAUUUGGCUCUCCCUUGUUUACUGAAGUAAGUGAGAUUUUAAAGAGAGGUGCAGGCAAAGAGUUAGCCAGGCCUCUGAAUUCAUCAAGGAGUAGAGGUGAAGAGCAGGAAGAUACUCUGAAAUUUAUCCAUUAUGGGGUUGGGAUGGGAGAAAAAUUGCAACCCCCGCCUCCAAUUCAGCAUAAAACACGGGUGUUUGUGAGCCCCACUGCACCGGCAGCACCUCCAUUACCUUCUGACUGGUUAGCUCACCUCAGAGAACCAAAGAGGCUAAAUACUCCUACACCCUUCCCUUCUCCAUCUCAGUCUCCAGCCUCUCUUUUGAGAACUCCAGCUGCAUCACAUCCUCAAUGCCUCCAGAGGACUCCUGAAGCAGGGGUUCCAGUUACUCCACCGAAGGUAGACUUAUCUUCACCUUUAACUAAACUUGUUCAACAGUGUGAAAUGGUUCCCCAUGAUCUACUUCCACCAGACGAAGAAACGAACCUAUCUCCACCCAAGUUUCCUCCUUCAGCAUCGUAUUACAAAAUUACCAAGAUCUUCAGAGCUAUCAACACCAAAAUCUUUCAGUGUAGCACCAUCAAGAUAUCCAAUUUCAGCAUCAAAACCAUCAGCUGCACCUUUAUCAGGACAUUCAACUCUAAGGUCAUCACAGAGUUCAGCUCCACUGUCAUCCUCAGUGGGCACCUCUUUAUCCCCACUGCGAUCCCGCCAGUCCCAGACAAACUCCCGCUCGACACUCAGGAAGGAUACAACUCCUGUGGUUCUCCUGUGGAGUCUCCAGAGGGAGCAGAUGCUUCUCUGGGCAUAGGCCCCUGCCCCACACCCUGGUCUUCGGGGAGCUCCCUAGCAACAGCGCCAUCCACUAGUGCCCCUUCACCACCACCGGUAGGGUCAGGCCCUCCAGGACCCCCUGGUGUACCUAUGUCGCCCUCUUCUCUCUCCUCACUUCGCUGGGCGUUUUCUGGAGCCUGCAUUGUUCACCAGGCUCCGGGGCUCCUAACCAGCACGGAGUGCUACCGCAGCCGCGCAGUUUGGUUAACAGAAAGAGCAGAAUGCCAGGCGCCUUAA